CACACGGGUCAUGAGUGUGGUGAUGAGAGGGGCCUAGUGGAGAGACUGUCUGAAAACACGUACACAAUCUCGACUGGCUCGAACAGCACAGGCUCUCUCUCUCUCCGAAAGAAACUUUUUUUUUUAGCGCUCAGGCAACAGUGCCACGCAAGAAGAGAGGCCCGCCGAGUCGACUCUUUUUCUCUCUCGAGCGACCUUGGAAAGAAAGAGAAAGUCACAACAAAGACAACCGCCAUAACCAUCAGGAGAAACUCUCAACGUGAAGAAGGAAUAGCUUAGCAACAAGGAUCCCACUUCCUGAGGUGCAAAGGAUCGAGCUCCUAACACCAUGGAUAUGGACACACAGCCGCAAGGACAGCAAGCAGCCGUGCCAGUCUUUCAGCCCCAGAAACCUUUGCAGCCAGAUAUGGGCCAUAACUCAUUGGCGAACUUCCAAAUUGAGAAGAAGAUUGGACGUGGCCAGUUCAGUGAGGUGUACCGGGCGAGGUACCUCUUAGACAACACGUCAGUGGCCCUUAAGAAAGUCCAGAUAUUCGACUUGAUGGAUGCCAAAGCUCGGCAAGAUUGCAUCAAAGAGAUAGAUCUCCUUAAGCAAUUGAACCACCCCAAUGUGAUAAAGUACCAUGCGUCUUUUAUUGAGGACAAUGAGCUGAACAUAGUCCUGGAGCUAGCGGACGCAGGAGAUCUCUCGCGUAUGAUCAAGCACUUUAAGAAGCAGAGGAGGCUUAUCCCAGAGCGAACAGUGUGGAAGUACUUUGUCCAGCUCUGCAGUGCUCUUGAACAUAUGCACUCCCGACGAGUCAUGCACAGAGAUAUCAAGCCAGCCAAUGUAUUCAUCACAGCUACAGGAGUAGUGAAACUAGGAGACUUGGGACUGGGACGAUUCUUCAGCUCCAAAACAACCGCAGCUCACUCACUAGUGGGUACUCCUUACUACAUGUCACCGGAGAGGAUACAUGAAAACGGAUACAACUUCAAAUCUGACAUCUGGUCGCUAGGAUGCCUGCUCUACGAGAUGGCAGCCCUACAGAGUCCGUUCUAUGGGGAUAAGAUGAACCUUUACUCCCUUUGUAAGAAGAUAGAACAGUGUGACUACCCCCCUCUUCCUUCAGAUCACUACUCAGAGGAGCUGAGGAACUUGGUAGAUAUGUGCAUCAACCCUGACCCGGAGAAGAGGCCGGACAUCACCUACGUGUACGACAUUGCCAAACACAUGCAGAGCCUGACACAGGGCAGCUAAGCCCAGAGUUACAAACACUAUAGCUUGCAGAACUCCUAUCUAUGUCCCUCCUUGCUCUUCAUGCUGGACUUGUACACAUCUACCCGCUUUUAUACAAUAACCAACUCCAGAGUUUAGCUCCUUUUGAUAAGAAAAACAUGUAACAGAUUUGUAUUUUCAAGAUGAUUGUAUGGUCUACAAUAUGACUUACAGCCAAAUCUUUUCUGCCCUUGGAUAAAGAAUAUAGAGAUAUUCAAAAGAAAACUUUUUUUGUCCUAUUCCUUAGACUCCAACAAAGUUAUAGCACUGAAAAUCAAUGUGUAACUGUGUAACUCACAGAUGAGUUUGUGUGGCUUUAAAACACAUGUCCUCUAGGCUUGGGCAGAUAUUAGAUCUUAUUGACUAUUGCAAUAUUUCCCACUAUACACAAUAUUUUUCAGAGUAUCGAACAGCUGUUACAGCAUCUUUAGGCUUUUAUUUUGAAAAGAAAAAGCAUGUGGAGCUGUUGUCGCAGUGGAGACAGUGCACGUCUACAUUUGGCAGGUUACUACAUGUGAAUUCUCCUGAAGUAGAGGCAUGCAUAUACAAACACAUGGAGGACUUAGUUACUAAGAAGAAUGCCAGCUCACCAGUUUGUCAGUAUUUCAGGUUAAAGCAGAAAAAACUGCGAGCUAAGAGAUUUGAAUGAGACUAUAAAUUGUCUUUACCAUUAGCAGUAGUUAACUAAACAGGGCAACACAACAGGUUUGUGGUCUCACCUCAGCCCCAAUUCACCUGCUGAGUCCGAUAAUAUUGCGAUAUUUGGGGCAGGACAAUAUUGUGAUCUAAGAUUUUGGAUAUUGCCCAAGCCUAUUGAUUUCUGUAUUGUCAUGUGGAGAAGUAAAGCUGUUCUUCCUUAGCUGGUUUGAGCAGAUACUGUUUAUAGCAGGUGUAAUGGAAAAUUAGGAAAAAAAAAAAAAAGAAAGAAAGAAAGAAAGGUUUAGUGUUAUCUGUUACCUAUCAUCAAAAUAGAUAAUCAAUUCUACUUUCCUUAAAAAUGACCUUGUAGGCUUUUGGUGGGUCUAAUGAGACCUGUUGUCAGUGAGCAGCACAGGAAAAGACCACAGAAACUUUGUGAGCAAGGGUUAAACAGGAGUGAAGAAACCUUCACCCAGUUGCACCAAAAGAGAUGUAACAGGGUGUUAUUGAUGGUUGAAGCGUUGUUGUGUUGCACUUUCUACCCUGGUAUUAGAAGGCAGGCAGGGUGAUCACGUCUAAUGAAUGUUUUAGGAAAAGAAGGAUCAUUUAAAGGACAUGCUGGGGGGAGAACAUGGGCAAAUGUCUCCACAACACUCUGAAUGUAAGUCAGUUUGACACCUAUGUAUCAUCUUUGAAAAAUUCAAAAUGUGUCUUUUUUUGACAGCCUAGAAGGAGUUGUAGAGGCUGUAACAAAAGCAGCUUCAUGUCUCGCUGUUUACCAUAGUCACUGACACCAAAAACCAUUUCCUCCCGUAGCAAGGUAUACUGCUGGAGUAUUACAUAUUUUUAGGGCUACUAACACAUGGGGGACGUGACGGAAAUCCAGGUCCAAACAUAUAGUUGUCAUCAUGGUCCAGUGGAUGCAUUUGAGCCACCAGAAAAUUAGUCUGUGCAGACAAAAUGUUCUGUUAAUGUUGCUGUGUAAGUUUGCUGUGUAGUUGUCUUUUAAAGUAACUAAUAUGUUCAGGAGAUUGUAGGUCUUUGCCUUGUGUAGCCGUCCACGUUAUGAGAAAAUCGCAGUGUAACUACCAAACUUAUGUCAUCAGCUGAGAUACCAAAGAAGUUCACAUAGAGAGAGUUUAUGUAAAUGUUAAGGUACCUUGUAUGGAAAGUUAAUGGAAGACUUGUACUGAAAAAAAAAACAAACAAACAAGCACCAACGGGACUCUCUUUGUUUUACUGUACAUGGUGAGGAAGUUCCUAAAGUGUAAAUACUGUAAGGUUUUAGUGACCCCGUAUUCAUUUGGAGGAAGGAAACAGUGGUACAUGUGUAUUUGUGUGUAGGUUUACACCAGUGGGUCACUGAUGACCAGCACUGACUGCCACUGGUUUACAUAAUGACAGUGACACCACAUAAAUAGUGUAAUAAGCAAACAGUAAUUGACAACGUUUUAGCUCAGUGUCUUACGAAUUCUCUUCUAACAUGAUCAAAAAGCCUGUUAACCAUUCAUUCAGAUUCUUGUACAUGUGCACCCAUGUUUCUCAUAUUGUUGUUUUUUUUUAUUAACAUUUAACAACGUGUUGUAUGCAAAAAUCCAAGCUUGUAGGUGCAAAAAUGUAAGUUAUUUUGUUUUGGUCAACAGAAUAUUUUGAUAAUGUGUUGAUAGUGGUUAUUUGUUGGAGACUUGCGAAUAGUGUUUGCAGUUGUACACCUUGUUGCUUUUCGUUUGUGUAGCUUUGCUCUUCCAGUGCAGUAAAAAUGUUUCCAUUUCACUGAUCUCACUUUUCAUCACCACAGUGCUGUUUAUCUUCUGUCUCUAUGCUCUCAAUGAUAUUAUCUGUAAAGCAUCAACACCUUUUAGUUUAGCUUUAAAGCACUUGUCUUUAAAAUGUUAAGUUUUGAUGCUGUACAGAGUUCCCUUAAUGAAUCGGUCAAUUCAGCAGCAGAAUUCCAAAAUGUUCUUUCUUUUCUAUCGACUCAAGAAGUCCGUCAUAAAUCCAAAGCACUGUAAGGAAAAGAGCAGAGAAAAGACAUUGAAUGGCUGUUAGUCUGUAUUUGCAGUGUAUUUCAAUGUCUUGUCUUCUUUUAAAACUAAAUGCGUAUGUUAUCUGUCAUCUUAUUAGUUAAGAACAUGCAACACGCAGUGCAGAUGCAGGUUGCAUCGCCUUAGAAUAUAUCCAUGCAGUAGUAGUUAGGUUUUAUGUGGAUGCACAGAAAAGGGAGAUUCAUUAUUUUUGUUAUUUUACAUUAUUUUUUUUUCUCCUCUUCAGGGUUUUUUUUUUUUCAUAAAACAGUGCAAAGUCACUUUAAGCAUUAGGGCCAUUUCUUGACAAAGGGCAAUCUUUUGUCUUGAUGUAACACACGACAGUUCUCUCCUUUGUCAAGUUGGUUUUGAAGUGUCUAGGGAUUUUCCAGGAAGUCAAAAAUUGGGAUUAAUAUUUAUUGUUUUGGUAGUUUGGUUGUUUUCUGAACAUUUCAUGUCAAAUUGAAGACAUUCAUCACAAAUGCCUUGUAUGCCAUCUAAAUGCAAUAAAGCUUUCAAAACUCUUUGGAAA